AUGUCAACUUCGGAAACAGAACAACUCAAAGCCAGAAUAGCUAAACUUGAAAAGGAAAUUGAAGAUCUUAAACAAGUUACAAUUUUUUCAGAUAUUCAACCAUAUGUGGAGGAAAAUCAAGACAAAUUUAAACAAUUGAAAAUAUCAAGUAUUGGUCUUUCAUAUCUUAUCAAAUUCCAAAAGAAGGGUAUACUGAAGGAGCUAAUCAAAAGGGUUGCUUCUGAUUUAUAUAAAGACGUUGAAGAUGUACAAUUAUUAGAUCCAAAAAAUGGUAAAUUAUUAACAGGUGAUGAAGAUUUACAACAAUUUGAACAAGAUGGUGUUUUUAAUCUAGACUUCCAAUAUGCAAAUGCUUGUGGACAUGAUCAUGAUCAUGAAUAUGGCUCUGAUGAAGAUUUUACAGAUGAUGAGAAUUUUUAUAAUAGUUGUAGUUGUUCUCAUCCACAUUGA